AUGUGGGGAUUGCGGUGGGCUCGUCACGUAGGGGGCAACCUGUCACUCAGUGUUGCUCUUUAAUUGCUUGCGAAUAGAUAGGCUGCCCGGUCAAGCCCCCUGCAGCACCCCAAUGAGCUCCACCGCAGACCAAAUUAAACGCUGGAAGCGCCAGGGCAACGUUUCUUACUCGGAAGGAGACUACCCUGAGGCUGUAGCCGCCUACACCCGGUGUCUUACCCUGACCGGUCCUGAAGACCCUGAAUGGAGUCUCGUCCUGGCCAGUCGAAGUGCAGUUCUCUCGGCCAUUGGAUACUUUGAGCAAAGUGCGGCCGACGCGGAAAGGGCGCUUAAUGGGCCGUACCCUGAUGCACUCAGGUUCAGGUUGCACCUCCGGAGAGCUCUGUGUUAUAAAGAGAUUGGGCAGACUUCAAAGGCGGAGGCAGAGUUGCAAAAGACUAUGGAGGCCAUUGAAAGGUUUAUUCCGUUUAUACCUGAAGAUCAAAAGGAAGAACUGCGGGUCAACGCAGAGAAAAGCUUCUACAGCCCCGUCAAUCUUAAAUUUCCGUGUGUUUUAAUUGAAUAUUUAGCGCCACCUAAGAUUUAUUCUGGCGAAAGAGAGAUAUUUUCUGGAUUUUCACCUGCCGUCACUGCGGAAACAGACGAAUAUUUUGGACGAAAAGUCAUCGCCGUGAAAGAUAUCGAGCCAGGUGAGGUAAUUUUAGUCGAAGAGCCUGAAAUUAGCAACUUUAAAAAUGACUCGGAGUGGACGCACUGUGGUCAUUGUUUCAAAUUGAGCUUCAGCCUAAUGCCCUGCGAAAAAUGCAAAAAGGUAUUUUUCUGCAGUGAUGACUGCAAGACUGCAGCCCUUUCAGCCAUCCAUGGCAGGGCUUGCUCGGCUCUGAGUCGUUUUGACACCAACCUGCAGGCCACCCUGAACCUUUCUGAAACAAUUUUUCUCACUUUUUCCCGGGUAAUCGACUUCGUCUCAACAUUUGGAAUAGAAAAACUAGGCAAUUUUGAUUCAGAAACGGACAAAUCAGCCUUGGGCAGCUUGUUGAAUUUGUGCUAUCACCGAGUGGAGCAGGAGGAGAGCCUAAAAUCUGUCUGCGCCUCCAUCAUCCGCCACUGCUUUCAGGUGGAGGACGAGGAAUUGGUCGCAAAACUGGCUGAACUCAGUUACAGAAUCCUGCUGAUCAACAAAGCAAACAGUUACAGCAUCGAAGAGCCCGUUUUCCACGCCAAGAGCGGUGAGUUUGAAAUGCGAAAUAUUGCCUAUGGAACUUAUACAAUGGCGUCGCUGAUGAACCAUUCGUGCGACCCAAAUGUCGUCCCCACGUUCCAUCGCAAGACCAUGGUUGUCAGGGCGUUGAGGCCAAUUUUAGAAGGAGAACAAAUUUUCAAUAGAUACUGCAAUUCGUUCUACAACAUGCCGAAAGAUGUGCGCCAGAGUCGAUUGAGCGCGUACAGCUUCGAGUGUGCUUGCGAGGCGUGUUCGAAAGACUGGCCGCCUGCCAAACUUUUGCCCCACGAGCCCAAGUUCCCUUUGGGCGCAAAAACGCGACCGCUUUUGGAUAAAUUCCAGACGAUCCUUAGCCAGAGUCGCUCGGCCGACGGGCCCGGCGUGAACUUUGAACUGCUCGCAGAAGAUGACACUUUUAAAAUUUGCACGGAUUUGCAAAAUUUGUAUUUUGAGCCGCAGUGGCAGUCGCGCCUGGACAAGAUGUAUCGCGCCGUGGAACUGCUUGUUUAUUACCACUUUUGCACCAAAAGCAGAGAUUUUCUGGUGCUUUCACCAAACGAAAAUUAUUUUUUGUUAAAUCUUUGAAAUUGGUUUCGUGAAUUUUUCUCAACUUAGCCACACUGAUUUUUAAUGCCGGGAAGAGAUCGAGGAGAAAAAAAAAAUUAGAUUAAAAUUAUUGUUUACAAAUUUUCGUUUUCAAUUGAUUGGAAUUCAAAAUUUUAAGACGUGUUGAUUUUGAAGUAAAAUUAUAAAAUGCAUUGUUUCUGAAAUUAUUGGAAGUAUUAUUAAAAUUUUAAUUAACUCAA